AUGGCGGAUGGGUCGUCCGAGGACCGCGCCGGCCCGAAAAAAAUAAACGAAUUAACUUUUCCCGCGAUCGACCCGUCCCGUGGUGACAUAAAAAAGUGCAGUGAACCGACCCCGGACGGCAGAGUGCAAUUGUCUUUCUAUACCGAACUAGAUAAGAGUGAAUCUUGUGAAAAAAGUGAGACGCUCGGCGUGGCCGCCGCUCGUGGCGAGGCAACUCUCAGUCAAAAAACAUCGGGUUCUGGCGACGACGGCGACGACAGGAAGAAGAGAUGCUUCGACAGAUACGACAGCUCCGAGUCUUCUGACAGGUGCGCUAUUUUAUUUACCGGACUCGUGAUCGAAAUGUUAAGGAGUCAAUGCUCUAGUGACCGGAGGCUGUUGCGCUGCUGUCGGUGUCAUGGCCAUCUAAGCGACGCGUUAGGCCUAUUUUGGUUGAAUGCCCGCAACGGACCUUAA